GUCAUCUGUCGGCGUCUAACUGCUGUAAACAACAAGCUCGGACGUACUGCCUGGUCUGUUCUUGUUCCAUUCCCGGUGAGAUCUCCCAUGGACAGCAAGGCAUGGUAGCUGUAGAGCGGGCAACCUCAAACAUCUCUCCUCGCCGUCAUUAGCAUAGCUCAGCGCUUCGUGCUCGCUUGUUGCACCCUCACGAUCGUGCCAAUCGGCUGGCCCACGAUGCCGCACAUGCUCAACGACGAGUUCGACGACCUACCCCCGCUCGUGGAUGCGUCUAAUCCGCAUGCCUUCCCCGGGGCACAUCCUCCGCAGCCGUCGCCUUUGAAUCACGGUGGGCACAUACCCCCGACACCGAACAGCGCGUUUGCGCAGUUUCCGACGCAGUUCCCCGAAGCGCCGACGUAUGAGCCAGACACGGCUGGCUGGAAUCAAGGUCAAUCCGGCUCACCGUGGCCUGGGUCGAAUCCCCUAGCAGGUCCCCAAGGCUGGCCCGGCACGGGUACUCCACAAGGCUGGGAUGCUGCCGCCUCGCAAGGAUGGGUGGGGUUGGGCUCACCACAACAGCCGCAACAACUGCUCAGUCCCAGCGUGUCGUGGCCCGCGUACUGGCAACCCCGUUCACCCCAGCAGGUCCCCCCACCGCACGGUCCCUUCAGCCCAUACGCACCCCCAGGCCAAGCUCCGUACUCCUAUGGCAUGUCCCCUCUCGUGCUUUCCCCCCUGCCUCCCGCCGGUGCGUUCCUCUCUCCGCCCCUCACACCUCCCUCUUCGCGCCCCUCGACAUCCCUCUCCCUCAUGCCCGCACACACGGGGCGAAUGAGCCCUGGCGCGCCCGCAUGGGCCCUGGAGCGGUCCGCGUCGGACGACGUGUCCAUCGCGCGCUCGCGCUCGCACUCGAGGAGGAAAGUGAAGAGCGGGGACCUGAUUACGGGCCGCCCGCCGGCGUCGUGGCGCGCCGAUUUCCGGAUAACAAAGACGGGCGGGCUGGGCUCGCUGUUCCGGCGGAAGAGCAUAUCCGGCGGGCAAGACCUGGGCGACAUCACAGGGAUCGCGCUGCACCCGUCCAUCCAGUUCUACCCGCGCGACCCGCCGCUGACGUGGGACGUGCGCCUGCCGCCGAGCGCGUCGCUGCAGCUGCACUACCUGAACCGGCGGCUGAGCACGUUCGAUUUGGCGCAGUACGCGACGAACCCGCCCGUGCCGCUCAUGCACCUCGUGCACGCGCACACGCCGUGGAUCAUAACCGUCACGCCCGCGCAGCCCGCGUGUCCCGCGGUGACGCUGCACGAUCUGUUUGUGGGACUGUUCGAGGACAUGCAUCGGCCGAUUUCGAAGGCUGAUUGGUGGAACGACGUGCUGGGGGAUGAGGCGAGGGGGAGGAUUAAUAAGGCGUUUGAUGAGCGCUGUAUGGGGGAUGGGGAGGAGCGCUCGAAGGGAGUGAGAAGGGUGGACUUCUUGGGCGAGAGGAUCAUUGCGGUUCAGUCCAUAUGUCCGCGAAAUUUGCCUUCGCACAUCUCCGGUAAUGGUUGUAUCUCGAGCCGCAAACGCGUCGCAAGAAGCAGGCAUAUCGUCCAAAAGAACGGACACCAGCCUGACGAGCUUCAGCAAAAUGAUCCAUUGCACAACCUGACCUUCCUCCAUAACUCGAAUAUCUCUACACCCGACGGCAAAAAUUGUUUCCGUUUAAGCAAGUUCUACCUCGAGCUCAGAGAUAGCCUCUUCCGUUUACCUGCCCUAAUGAAUACGCUGGCAUAA